AGUCGGGAUUGGGACUUUGAAGAGAGCAAUCUGAAAAGGUACUUGGAAGGGAAAAAAAAAAAAAACAAGAUCUCCAUUUGGGACAUCCGGUCUUUCUCACUGCAACGUCAACUAUAAGAUCAGAGCUUAGUCUUCCUCCAAACACAAUGGCUGAGAUCUUCGACGACCCAGAGAAGCUGAAGAGGGGCCUUGUGAAGGUCCUAGAAUGUGUGGCCACCAUCUCGUCAGCAGCAGCGGUGGUCAAUCCCAUCUUCGGCGUGGCCGGCUCUCUCAUCCGGGUGGUGCUGCACCAUGUGGACGAUGAAGACAUCCAGAAACUCAGACGGGAGUUCGGCAGCGUGAAUCGAGCCCUGGACGAAAUCUCGCAGCAGAACCGUCAAGCCCUGCUGCAAAUCAGGAAGGAGACGUUGGACAAACAGUACCACGAGGUGGAGGAAAACAUUCGUAAUCAGUUCCGCAAAUUCGUGGAGAUCGUGGAGGCCAAGCCAGAGAACCUGCAACGCAAGAAGGAGGAUUUCGUCGAGAGCUUCAUCAACGACAAAGAUGACCAGAACAUGUACACGCUUUAUGAAGGCGUGAUGGGGAAGCGCAAACUCUUCAGCCAGCCCAUCCUGGAGGUGUACAUGAAGCACUCGCAGGGGGACCGGCGCGUCAUGGAAAACCUCUGCACGCGACUCGCGUACCUGUUCUGCAUCGGGUUCAUCGCUCUCAUGGGCUACUACGGCAUCCUGGGGGAUGACUUGGAAUCUCGCAACGAGGAGUGGGAAGAGAACAUGAAGAACGUGCAGGUGAAAAUGCAGGAGGUGCUGAGGAGAUGCAAGUGAUCCCGAUGCCUUUCAGCACAACCAACGCUCUUUAUUUGCCUUUUCCUGUAUGGACUUCAUCGACCUGCAGCAUUUAUCCUCCUGAUGAGCAGCUCAUGCUGACGGGUUCAUCUCAUUUCCUGGAAUCUGCUUCUUGUUUUUGUUUUUUAAUCACAUUUCUUCAUGCCUUGCCUCAGUUUAACACUACAUGACGAGCAUAAUUCACACUAAUCUACACAAUGCUGACUGUGCUUAUAUAAAUAUUAGUAAAGUUCAAAAGCAGUUUCACCUUGAAAAUUAUUUUUAAAAAGCUUCAACACUACAUAAAUAUAAAUAAAUAUAAAUUAUGUUCAAUGAAACUCUCUCUCUCUUUCUAUUAUCUAGCUAUCUCUCUAUCUAUACAAACUUUGCAAAAUAAAGAGCAUACAAUUUUCUGUCUGUGCAUACUAAGAUCAAAAUUUCGGAUAUUUUCAUGUUUAUUUUUUGCAUACUUAAAUCUAUUUAGUAGUAGAUUUGAGUAUGCAUUUAUUUGUACCGUGUCAUUUUCAUUGCCAUUAGAAUGGAUUAUCAGAGCAUAUAUUUUAAUAUAAGUAGAAAUGACGUAAACUGAAGGGUUUUUUUUGUUGUUGUUUUUUUGCAUUCAUUUGACCCUUUUAUUUUAUUUAGGAUAAAUAAAGCACCUGAUGUGCUUGCUAUACCGCAACUAAGUGUACAGUGCUGCACGUUUAGUCUGUUCAGUCACGACUGAAGUUCAUCUAGAUAAUCACGUUUCUUUUACAUGUGUCUAUAAAGCACUGGCAUAUAAAUGCCACUAUAAUUCUGUGUCAUGUACUUGAAUGUCUUGAGGAUUGGAACAUGUUACCUUCC